AUGGGACACUGUUUAAAUAAAUAUAUUAAUAAGAGACCUAAUAAUUAUUUAUAUAUUGAAAUAAAUAAUAAGUAUUAUCCUGGUAAAAUUGGAAUAUUUGAUAGAGCAAUUUGUAAAAAAUUUGAACAUCGUUGUCAAAUGGAAGUUCAUUAUGUAAAUUUUAAUGUUCCAUGGAAAAUAGCUCAAAAAGUAACUACAGUUAAUAUAAUCAAUAUUAUUACAAAAUCUAAACAAGUAUUUAAUGUUAGUAAAGAAUCAGCUAAUAGUAAACCAUUUAAUGGAUUAACUAUAUGUGUUCCAAUUCUUUAUUGGUAUAAUAAUUGGUUACAAAUGUUUUUAUUUUUAGAAAAUUGGUAUAGAGAAGGAAAUGCUAAAAUUAUACUGUAUUAUAAAAGUUUAUCACCAGAAGUAUAUAAUUUAUUACGGUAUUAUGUUAAAAUAAAACUUGUUAUAUUAUAUCCUGUUUCAAAUUAUCCAAUAAAAGAAUCAAUGAAUCCAGCUAAUUUAACUCAUGGUAUGGGAUCCAAAAUAUUUUUAAAUACCUGUAUGUAUAAAAUGAAUUCAAAAUAUAUUUCCGUUAUGGAUAUUGAUGAAUAUUUUUAUAUAUAUAGUAAGAAUAAAAAAAAACAAAAAAUAUUAAACUUUAUCAAAAGUGCAAUUUCACGUCAACCUAAUAAAAAUUUUUUUAACUUUGAGAGUUUUCAUAUUUCAUACAAAAAUACUAUUAUUGAUCCAUCUUUUAAUUUUCAUAAAAAAGCUUAUCUAUCUAUUGAUAAAAAAAAUGUUCUUGGGAAAUCAGUUAUGCUUACAAAUAAAAUUUCACACUUUGGUUUUCAUAUUCCACAAUUUGAGAAAUUAUCAGAUGGUUAUAGGUUUUCAUCAAAUCAAGCUAUUUUACUUCACGCAAGAUCAAAUUAUAUUCUUAAAAAAACUAAAAAACUUCCAGAAAUUGAAAUUAUAAAUGAAAAUGAAAGAAAAAAUUUAAACAGAAGAUAUAUAUUAGUAGAAAAACAAAUAAAUAUGUCAUUACCAUUUGUUUAUGGUCCAGCAAUGGAAAAACAUCUAGAAAGUUGUAUUAGUAUGAAAGCUAGAUUAAAAGCAAGAGUAUGCUUCGUUAUUUAUGAUAAAUGUAAAAAUAUUAUGGAUAAAAUAAGUAAAUGGAUUUAUUCAGAAGAUGAUCUUAUAAAUUAUAAGAAUUUUACAGUUUUUAAUUAG